UGUGUUAGCCUUACAUCAAGCCACACGACACCAGCAAUCCUACCACUUGAGACUCGGACACGAUCCACCAAACACUAAUACGCGGCAUUCACUGUCCCAACAUGGCCAAGAACACAGCCUCCAUCACAUACAGAAGUCAUCGCCCCGGCGACAUUGGCUACAUCACGUACCGCCACGGCCUCAUCUACCUGCAAGACCGAGGCUGGGGGUUCGAGGUGGAGAAGCUCGUGGCUCGCCUAGCCGCCGAGUUCCUCGAAAACUAUGACCCAACAAUGGAACGCUGCUGGGUAGCCGAAAACAAAGAAGGGUAUCUGGGAUCGGUGAUGCUCAUCAAAGAUCAAGAGCAAGCCAACACAGCGAGAAUCCGUCUACUCUUGGUGGAACCCAAGGCGAGAGGACUGGGGCUCGGGAGAAGUCUGGUGGAGCAAGCAAUUGAGUUUGCGAGAUCCAAGGGGUACAGCCGUGUCGUACUAAACACACAGAGUGUCCUCAAGCCGGCACGAAAGCUCUACCACUCGUGCGGGUUCAGGUUGACGAAAGGGCUGGGCGAUGGGAGCUUCACGGCAGGGUCAGAGGGCGAGAUCUGGGAGAUGGCGUUGGAGGGGGAAUCUGUGUGAUUCACGUAGGCCUAGUGGUAUCGUGAAUUGAUUUGAAUUGACUUGAAUCGAAUUGAAGUGAAGAUAGACCUAACAACGCUUUGACGAAAGGAUGUUUGCGGACAUUGCGCAGAACGAGUACGUCUUUGCGAGAUGGUGCCGAUUCAUGCCAAUGGAGGUGAACUAAAGGAUCACAGUCAGGUUCGCUUCUAGCUUGCCUGGAAAGCAUGCGGCCCCGUGAGUA